CCUCCAUUUUUUCCCAUCCCUCCAUCUUCCUCCCAUCCCUUUAUCUCCCAUCCUUCCACCUCCUCCCCAUCCUUCCACCUUCCCUCCCCAGCCCCGUCCCCCGUCUCUCCUGCCUCUCCCUCCUCCUCUUCCUCCUCCUCCUCGUCCAUCUCCUCCUCCCCGCGUCCCCCCCCGCGCCUCCUCCUCCUCCUCCUCCCCCGCCCGGUACCGCAUUGCCGUAGUGCGGGGGGGCCGCUGCAUUGCGCUGCCGCCGUCGAUAGGUGGGCCCCUCCCGCGGAGAUAAAGCCGGCGGAGCCCAAGCCGGCAGCCUCUGGCCGCCCCGACCGCCGCCCCGCCUCCCCAAAAAGGCAGCUGCGUUCCCACAUCCCCCCCCAGCGCCGCCCGCCCCGGCCAGCCCCGCGUAGCCCACCAGCAUGGGGAAGGAGAAGACGCAUAUCAACAUCGUCGUCAUCGGGCAUGUGGACUCUGGGAAAUCCACCACCACCGGGCACCUCAUCUACAAAUGCGGGGGCAUCGACAAACGGACCAUUGAGAAAUUCGAGAAGGAGGCUGCCGAGAUGGGGAAGGGGUCCUUCAAAUACGCCUGGGUGCUGGACAAGCUGAAGGCUGAGCGUGAGCGUGGCAUCACCAUUGACAUCUCCCUGUGGAAGUUCGAGACCACCAAGUACUACAUCACCAUCAUUGACGCACCUGGGCACAGGGACUUCAUCAAGAACAUGAUCACUGGGACCUCCCAGGCUGACUGUGCUGUCCUGAUCGUCGCUGCCGGUGUGGGUGAGUUCGAAGCCGGCAUCUCCAAGAACGGGCAGACCCGUGAGCACGCCCUGCUGGCUUACACCCUGGGGGUGAAGCAGCUCAUCGUGGGCAUCAACAAGAUGGAUUCCACAGAGCCCCCGUACAGCGAGAAACGCUACGAUGAGAUCGUCAAGGAGGUCAGCGCCUACAUCAAGAAGAUCGGCUACAACCCGGCCACGGUUCCCUUCGUGCCCAUCUCGGGCUGGCAUGGAGACAACAUGCUGGAGCCCUCUCCCAAUAUGCCUUGGUUCAAAGGCUGGAAGGUGGAGCGCAAAGAAGGCAACGCCAGUGGGGUGUCCCUCUUGGAGGCCCUGGACACCAUCCUGCCCCCGACCCGCCCCACAGACAAACCCCUGCGCCUGCCCCUCCAGGAUGUCUACAAGAUUGGAGGGAUUGGCACAGUCCCCGUGGGCCGAGUGGAGACUGGAAUCCUGCGGCCUGGCAUGGUGGUCACCUUUGCGCCUGUGAACAUCACCACUGAGGUGAAGUCCGUGGAGAUGCACCACGAGGCCCUGAGCGAGGCUCUGCCUGGGGACAACGUUGGCUUCAACGUGAAGAACGUCUCGGUCAAGGACAUCCGCCGCGGGAACGUCUGCGGGGACAGCAAGUCGGACCCACCGCAGGAGGCAGCGCAGUUCACAUCUCAGGUGAUCAUCCUGAACCACCCUGGCCAGAUCAGUGCUGGCUACUCGCCCGUCAUCGACUGCCACACCGCACACAUCGCCUGCAAGUUCGCUGAGCUGAAGGAGAAGAUCGACCGGCGCUCCGGCAAGAAGCUGGAGGACAACCCCAAGUCCCUGAAAUCGGGUGACGCAGCCAUCGUGGAGAUGAUCCCUGGCAAGCCGAUGUGUGUGGAGAGCUUCUCCCAGUACCCACCCCUUGGCCGCUUUGCUGUCCGUGACAUGCGACAGACCGUGGCCGUGGGCGUCAUCAAGAACGUGGAGAAGAAGAGCGGUGGGGCUGGCAAAGUCACCAAGUCUGCCCAGAAGGCCCAGAAGGCUGGCAAAUGAAUCGUGGGCUCCCAGUGCAUCGCGCAGAAACCAUCCCUGACACCAGGACGCUGCCACCGUCUCCCCCGGGCGCACGUGUGCACAUCAGCUUGUAAGAGUUUAUAUGUCAACGACUGGAUGCUCACCAUUAAGGUCCAGUGGAAAUUCUUUAAAAGGAAAAGCAUGUUCCAGCGUUUGUGAGGCUUCAUGUUAAUUUUACCAAUAAAACUGGUACAACAUCCACA